AUGAGAUACUCCUCCUUGUUAGCUUUGGCGACCGCCAUUGCUUCUGCUUCUGCCUCCGGCUGUGAUUACGUUGGUGGUAACUACUACUGUAACGAAGUAUCCAAAAUUAUCUAUGAGAAUGUUGGCUUUUCCGGCUCCUACCUGGAUGUGACCAACAUGGACGAGUCCUCCGGCACCUGUUCUUCCAACGUUAAGUCUUUCCUGGGUCCUUUGGCUCCUUUUGACGAAGAGUUGUCUCUCCAUUUCCGUGGUCCAUUGCAGUUGGUUCAGUUUGGUGUUUACUACCCUUCGUCCGGCUCCAACGCCAAGAGAGACGCGGAGGAAGAUUGCACUACUAGACACCUUCACCACAAACACGUCAAACGUGCUACAGCUUUGGUCACGCAAACGGUAUUCGUUGACCAGUUUGGUAACACUGUCACCUCCACAGCCACCACCACUCCAACCACCGCUCCAAUUCUUGCUAACAGCGCUCCUUCUGCUGGCAGUGCCCCAUCGGGCGUUUCUUCUGGUGUUUACUCCGCCGUUGCUUCGGGCUCUCCCUCUUCCUCCUCGCUGUCUUCAACUUCUGGAGGCUCCUCCUCGAGUGCAGCUGCCGGUGACUGGGUCAGAGCAUCCUACUACACUCCAGGCACUGCUGAGAACGUCACAUUCUUGAACUACUACGGUGGUUCUGGCUCUGGUGUGUGGUCUUCUGCCUUUGGUAACUCUCUUUCCUAUGCCAACUCCGACAACACUGGUGGCUCUUCGUCGCCUCAAAUUUUGAGCGAGACUACCAUUUCAUCCAACACUGAGUUUGUUGUCAUGUCUGGUCUUAAAUGUGGUGCUGACUCUGAGACUGGUGACUGCGGCUACUACAGAGACGGUACUCCAGCUUACCACGGCUGGGACGGUACCAGCAAGCUCUUUGUCUUCGAGUUCCUGAUGCCAUCUUCUUCUGCCACCGGUUUCAACGGUGAUAUGCCAGCUAUUUGGAUGUUGAAUGCCAAGAUCCCAAGAACCUUGCAGUACGGUGAUGCUUCAUGCUCGUGUUGGAACACCGGAUGUGGUGAGUUGGAUUUGUUUGAAAUUCUUUCUACUGGCUCCGAAAAAUGUAUCACUCACUUGCACGACAAGCAGGGUGGCAGCGGUUCCGGUUCUUCCGACUACUUCACUAGACCAACCAGCGGUACCAUGAAGGCUGCUGUCAUCUUCACUGACUCUGAAAUCCAUAUCAUGACUGUUGACGAGUCCUUCGAUUCUGUGUUGUCUUCUGACACCGUUCAGGACUGGAUUAACACUUCCGGUACCACUGUUACCUUGGGAUGA